AUGAUUACGAAGUGGCGUUCCAGAGAAAUACCAGAGAUUCAUUCACAAUAUUACUGCCUGAUCGAACCGAAUAAUUCGGCCGAAGGCCGAAACGCCUCCAAAACUAGCCCCGAGCAGAACGGUAGACCCACUGAAGCAGCCAACAUACAGGCUACAGACGAAAGAAGCUCAGGAGAUAAAAGUGACGGUGCUGUACCCGUUGAUGUUUACGAUAAUGAUCCAGGUUUAGGGUCAACGUACACAAGUCUCCGCGAAACACAUACCAUUCUUGCAUUGUGUCGUUUCGGUUGUAGCCUGUGUGCGGUGUUCUUAACCUGUUCGUCCGCGAGAUUGGUGGAGGAGGUCGCACGCAAUCCAAGCAUUCAGAGCACGUGGGAACCUAAAUCCGAGGCGGGCAGCCCUCGGGCGGAGCAGUUGACGAUCGUUGCGAUAAAUAUAUUCGACAUUAGCGGGCACAGAGCAAGCUUCGGCCCCGAUUUAUGUGAGACUGUCGAACGGAAAUUGUUUUAUGGUAUCCACGCAUUGGUGAUAGUUGCUAUUACCUUAGCUUAG